AUGGUGUGGUCGACAUUUACUCGGACAGCCUUUCACCCUACUCAUUCCAUUCCAUUCCAGGAGUCCCGAUAUGGAGUUUUGAUAUGGGUCCGUUUUUCUAAGGACAAUCUUGGCGUUGAAAUCACCGACGAUGACUUCGAAGAAAGUAUGGCCUUCUCCGUAGAUCCUCUACGGACCCAUAUAAAAAUUUCGGAAAUGGCGUGCGGAGGACAGUGCCUUCUGGUCUCAUCUCAGUCCGAUGACGUCGUAUAGAAACUUCCCAGCUUGCAUCAUCAGGUGGUACCCGAAUGCGCUUUUUCCAACACAGCGGCCGCUUGUAUUUGCCGGGGGACUGAUUGCAACGACAUUAAAAACACAAGAGAAGUUCUCGCAAAAUACUUGGCCACAACUAAUUCUGCAGAAGUUCGAAACUUUAUCCUUUGCUUCCUAGCUAAGGGAGAUAAAAAAUCAUUUGCGACUGCUACGAAAAUGAAAGUGGAUGCGCCUAAAAGAAAAAUACGUCACAAGAAGAAAAAAAGGGUGAAGAGAUCGAAAAGUAUGGGAAGAUUACUCCCACUCAGUACUUGUCAUAUGCUCAGAGAAAUAUGGCAAGAAUUGUUCUGGACACGGUGA